CUUUUUAGCUCAGCUGACAAAGUCAGCGGAGCUAGUCAAAUAGCUAUUCGAUUGGUGUCCGUCCUUCCACCCAUCCUGCCAUCCUUCCAUCCAUCCAUCCAUCUGUAGGCAAAGUUGGGCAUUUUGUAAUCAUACAACCGAGGCACUUCAAAUCUAGUCUUGCUUAUAAACACCGCAGAAAAUGUUGCUUUCGGAAAAAAAUUUGGGCGAUUCGACUCAAAUUCAGCUGCCCAGGGGGCAAAAUGCGUAAAUGAAAAAACAAUUUUUUGACGCUCUAUUCCAGCAGAUAAAAGCUCGAAAUAAAGUUGAAAAGGUCUUCAUGAUACAGAAGUUUUGAUAUAAUAUAGAUUAGUGUGGAUUUAUAUCACCAGUUGGCGGUAGUGAGCAAAACUGUUGUUUGACCCCGGAUGACCCCGCUUUAAAUUUCCCGCCGCGAACUGACAUGAAAACCUCGAACCUGAGGGAAUACCGGACUGCUGGUAUUGCCAGUGCAUCCACUGUAUGAACGGCUCGUCUGGGGUAAAUUGACGAUCAAGAAAAUGGCGGUGACCUUUUUAUUUCUACCGGAGCGAUGAUUUUGUAAGUGACAAAUUUUCUUAUUUAAGCCUUUACGGAAAUGUAUUUUGGUACGAAACUUCACACGUUUAUAGAAAAGAUCAACGAGAAUGUGUUCAAAUGCCCUCAUAACGAUGAGUUCAACGGAAUUUUGUCAAAACAACCUUCGAAUGGAGUCAACUUUCUUUGCGAAAUUGAAGCGACGACCUCAUUAUUUAUCGUAAUUUAUGCAGAUCUGAGUCCAGCUGAUGGGUGAUGUUCUGAUUUGUGUUCAAACUAUUGGAAACUUCGGAAAUUAAUUCUAUUAGUUCUACUAUUCUGCAGGAGUAUAUUAUAGCCAUUGAUGUUGACAGCUAAAAGCACGAAAACUUUGUUUGUUUAUAAAACUGUAUCGAGUGUUAUCGAAUCGAAUGGAUGUGUCGAUCGUCGGGGCGGAUUGAUAUGUGGUUGUGCGUCCAAUGCGAUUAGGUCAUUCAGUUAGUUUGAGAAAGAUCAUGAUCAUGAAGAUGCCUGUUGUGUUAUCAUAACCGGAAUAUAAUUUAAAGUUAUUAGUGGUGUUGUCAUUGCCAUUUUUUGCAUGGAAUGAUAGUUCGAGAGCUCUCAUCGACGUAUUCAGCAUUGACGGAAAGUAGGUCCAGAUUUGGCAACACGCCAGCUGUCGCACAUGUUCGGCAUGUUCACGAAUUUGCACAGGUUCAUCCUCAACAUGGCUUCCGCAACAUCAAAUUCAAAUCAAGACAAACGUAAAGCAGAAGAGGUCGACAAAGUCGGAUAUAUCCACAAUGUAUCCCCUAUGAAGCGUAGCAGAACCAAUCAUGACUACUUUAACUCCACGUUGCAAAUAGGACCAAAUGCAUAUACGAACAUCUUAGGAUUCCACAAGAAACAUCUAGCCCAACUGAAAGAAGCAGCACAACACAAAAGCCCAGUUAAAAUAAACAAGGCUGCACUCGUACCUAAUUUGAAAGAGAGCAACAAAAUGGAUAUAAAGAUACAGUAUCCAACACAGAUUUCAACUCACCCAACGGCGCUGUCAUUCAAGUAUAAACAACCACAGGAAGAAAAGUCACUCACCAUGCCAACCAUCAAAGAUAUCAAAACCCAUCAAGCAAUUGAACGACAGAAGCUCAAUGUCACAGGCCGAAUUACAAAGGUUCUGGAAGAAGAAUCCAUACAGUCAGUGUUUGGCACGGACCUCGCAAAGAAAGUAUUUGCCCUUGCCGAUGAAGAAGAAACCAUCGCCAUCGCUCUGUAUAGUACCUUGAUACCUACAGUCGAAUUGGACAAAACGUACUCUUUCAAAAAUGUAUCUAUCCGCCAGAACAACGAGACAAAGACCCUCACCACAACACCAACAACUGAAAUAACGCCAGCUGAUGAUAUCAUUGCUUGUGACAAACUUCCAAAAUGUGAAAAUGUUUCACAUCUCCUGCUGGCAACUUGUCAACAAAUUGAAGUCUCCAGUUCAAAAUCCUGCAGCAGUUGUAAAAAGAAUUUACCAAACCCGAACAUCCUGCAAGCUAAAACAUUCAAAUGCCCCAACUGUAACAUGCGACAAAUCACUGAACUUGUCACAAAUCAUAUUAAAGCCAAGAUGAACAUCAAAGACAAUGGCAACAUUUAUCGCUUAACUGCCUUCUCAGAUCUAUUAACUAACUUCCUGAAAGCCAACUUCAUCAACCUGGAUUCAAUAGAAGAUAUGGAAGUUUUCUUCCUAGAGUUGCCACCUUUUCAUUUAUCAUACAACUCCGCUACCAUGGCUGUAACAUACAUGGCCACUCAUUAACACUUGAACAAGACAAAAGUCCAGUUCUGUUCUGAGUUCAUACUUCAUAUGCCCCUAUCUGUACAUUUGCUAAAGAACGUACAUGUAUGCUCAGUUCAUCAACCUAUCAUAGUUAUCUUAAAGUUACAUGUUAUUAUUUCAUUUCAUUGUGAUCUGUGAUUGAUUUGACUUGUGCAAUUUGUUACAUUUCUUCAAUAUCGAACUGUAAUAGAGGUUUCCCACAUGACAUUUGACAAACACCUCCCAGUGCAUUUCCUCUACGACCAUAUCGUAACAACAUAAUAGAAUACUAGUAUGCAUUUGCAGGUCACCCUCUGAUGACAGUGGGAUUUCUCUAUAUCAUUGUUAUCUUAAAGUCACAUUUUUGGCUCACCGUAGGGGAGUCGAUACAAUAGCGCUGUGUCCAUCGUCGUCGUCCAUCGUAUGCUGUGCUCUGUUUUAUUUCAUUUUGUUUAAUCUGUAAUUCUAUAUCUAAUUCUAUAUGUAAUUCAAAUGUGAUUCACACGAAUCAAAACUAUAUCAGGUGGCACACAAAAAACAAGUACACAAUAUAUUUUGUUAUCAGUCAAAAAGUCUCCAUCGCAUUGUAAUGCAAUUUCUUGCACAUUUUUUUGUUUGACAUCUUUCACAUCUUCUGAUAAGAGUUUCAAUGAAACAUCUGAAAUGUUUUAGAAGUAAUAGGCAUUUGAAAAAUUGGACAGAAAAGUGUAAUGCCAGACCUUCAAUAACCACAAAAACAAAUUUCUGGCUAUAACUGCCAUAAUAUUGCUGGUAUGAUUAUGAUUUUGAUGUCAAAGUAUACGUUGUCGUGACCAAGAAAUCAUUUAAACUUGGUUUAGGAGUUGUUACACCAUUGCAUCAUGGGAAUUGCUUCUGGUUUUUUAGGCCAAUUCACAGCCAUCUUUGAUUUCCCAUAAUGCGAUUGUGGUGCAACUCCGAAACCUGGCUUAAAUGAUACCUUGACCCAAAAAACCUAUAUUUCGACACUAAAAUAGUUAUCCUAUCUGGAAUAUUAUGGAAGUUAUAGCUAAAAAAUAUGUUUUAUGAAUCACCCUACAUGUCAUAGGCCUGGCAUUUUCAUAUCAUACCUCAAUUUUUCAAAUGCUAGUAACUUCUAAAAUAUUUUAGGUUUUUCAUUGAAAUUUCAUAGUAAGGCGAGAAAGAAGUCUAAUAAUUAUGAAAUGGCAUUUCAGCAUGAUAAAUAUUUCCAUACUUAUAAUGAAAACGUUUGUGGACUCAUUUUUUUCUGCACCACCCGAUAUAUAUACUUUGAAAAUGAUUCCAAUCACCUGCUGGUCAGGACAAUUUGAUACCAAUAAAAAAACAUCUCAUUUUUCAA